AUGGCAGUAAGCACUCCAUUACUACAAGAAGAGGAGCCGUCACCACUAGAAGCCCUCUCCCCCCGUGGCCCGUUCGUGCAAGGAAUAGAGGAUCUGUACGGGUCCCGCUGGCGCCAGAAGCACAGCGAGCAGGUGCUCUACGGGCGGAAAGUUAUUAUUAAUGAGAUUCGGAGAAGACAGGCGCAAGGCAUGAGUACAGUCGCAGCAGUGGAGGGAGUAGAGUCUAUUCGGCAGCGGGCCAAAUUGUCGCUCUAUCAACUGUACCAACUCCUUAAUAAGUAG